CUGUGCCGCAAAAUUUUGCCGAGGGAGGUAAAGAGAACAGCCUGUUCAUCGGCAAAUCGCACGUUUUUAAUGUUACAGAUAAACUAAUAUUUUCGUUAGAAUUUCCUGUAGAUACUCUGGAUUUUUAACAUAGAUUUUUAAACAAGCCGGGAAUGUCUUCAGAUCGGGGAAGCGGUAGGGGUAGGGGCAGACGAUCUCGAGGGGCACAGAAUAACGAAGGAACCCACAGUUCAGGUCCCGACAGCCCAGCCGAGGCGAACGGCCCCAGCACAUCGGCGGUUCAGGCCGAGCCCCCCGCCCCUGCCCCAAAAACAUCCAACAAAAGCUUCAAACCCACGGGCACCAGUCUAAAACGAAUUCAAAAAGAAUUGGCAGAAAUCACCAUUGACCCUCCGCCGAAUUGCAGUGCUGGUCCCAAGGGGGAUAACAUGUAUGAAUGGGUGUCCACCAUUCUGGGACCCCCAGGGUCUGUGUACGAGGGAGGCGUAUUCUUCUUGGACAUUCAUUUCUCAGCGGAUUAUCCGUUUAAGCCACCAAAGGUGACAUUUCGAACACGGAUUUACCAUUGCAAUAUAAACAGCCAGGGUGUGAUCUGUCUGGACAUUCUAAAGGACAAUUGGAGUCCUGCUCUGACUAUCUCCAAAGUGUUGUUGUCCAUUUGUUCCCUUCUAACAGACUGUAAUCCGGCCGACCCUCUGGUUGGGAGCAUUGCUACUCAGUACACUCAGAACAGGACGGAACACGACAGGGUGGCUCGCCAGUGGACCAAGAGGUUCGCCACGGGGCUCUGAUUCAACAUUCAGAUACUUAUUUAUCAUCCUUUCCCCCCCCCCCCACCCCCACCCCCACCCCAAGUUUAUUUGUCACAAGUACAUGUACUUCAUAUAUCUGAUAGAGCAUAUUAUAGUUUAAUAUUUGUCAUGAAUUUUUCUUUUAUACCUGUGGUGAACUUGUCUUUUAUGGUGUGUUUUCAUUAGGGCAAAAAAAAGGGGUUUUUUUUAAAGAUUUUGUCUAUGAAUUUCAAUUUUGUAUUUUUUUUAUAUAUAGAAAAUACAUUUUGAAAAAAAAAUAUUUUCUAUAGUUUUGAUUUUAGGUUAUGUGUUUUUAAAGCACAAUAUUUUGUUUUACAAUUUAGACCAAAAUGUUUUCACUGUUGACAUGAAAACUUAUUUUUACAAAAUACUAAAGAUGAUUUCAAUAUAUGUAUUAGAAAUGAUUUUUUACGAUAAUUCUUGGCAAUACAGUUAUAACUGUCCACACAGCUCUUGUUGAGCUUCUGGUGUCUAGAAGAGUUAUUUUCCUUGAAAUAUGCCACACUCACAAGUCGAGGCAUACCGGUAUGUGCAUUCUGAAUUGAUUAGAUUUUUUAUUCUGAUUAUUGAUAAUAUUCUUUGAGGCCCUACCUGGUCUUAUUACAUGUACAUGUACUUAAGUCUGCAUGAUGAAGCUGGCCAGCUAAGGGUAUUAAAUACAGAGCGUGUGUUAUUUAAUUGUCAGGAUGCAUGAAGCAUAAUAUAUAUCUUUAAUCCUCAUUUGUAUAAGGAGUUGUCAGUUACUGGUACAAUGUAUGCACAUGCCAGUUCUUAUCAUUCAAUUCGUGUCUGUAUAGUGAAUGUACCGUACACCUGUAUGCAUACAUAUUAACUGACUAUAUAUAGAUGGAGAAAGGAAAAAAAAAAUCCACCAAAACAACACUGAGUUAAUGUAUGUUGAUUAUGAUUUUUUUAAUCUUUUUUAUUUUUAAAUUAUUUUUAAUUGUUUUCUUUUGGUCUUUGUUAAGUGCUAACUUUAUUGGUUGUUCAUUGGGGGUUUGAUAAAUGAACAGGGGUUGUAGGGUCAAAGUCAUAAAAACAAAAUUGUUACUUCUCUAACACCCUUGAAAGUAAAAAGCCUGACAAAAUUAAAAUUUAGUUGAUUUCAAUUGUGUUUCCUACUGUAUGACCUUUCCCCUGUAUUAAUGUAGAUUCAGGACAACAUAAUAUAGAUAUAUACAAACAUAGAAUUCAUGUUUUAAACAUUCAUUUGCAUCAGUGUUGAAAAAAAUGUACUUAUUAUUAUUGUUUGAAAAAUUGGUUUCUAAAAAGUUUUUUUGUAUAUAUACUAUAUUAAAACAAGAUCUGUAUCAACUUAAAGUAAGACUGUAAUUGAUUGGUAUGGAUUACAGUGUAUUUGAUUUUCAGAACAAGUGUGAAAAAUGUUUGUGAAAGUGAUUGAUGUAUGUGAAUGUGGAAGUCGUGUGAACAUGAGCUCACAUUUUAUGUGAAUAAAGUUGUAAAAUUGCA